AUGAUGGAAGAGCAGAAAUUGGAGUGGACAUGCCAUGAAUGCCGAAGUAAGCUUCCCAAAGUGGGGAACCUCAACACCCCAGUACGCAACCUUAGGGAGUGUGAUACUAAUGCCGCUAGAAGCGAGGAACAGGCCACUGGUUUGGGUAACGUCACUUUUAGAAAGAAUAAGAGUGACGGCAAUCAAAAGGCAAAGGUUAGUCAGUUGCCUAUUACUGGCUCGCACCGAAAAAUAGACGACUCUCUGGUAUCGGCAAUUAGCGAACAAGUCCAUAAAGUGAUUCUUCUGGAGUUGCCCGGAAUUAUUUCUAAUAUCAUGAAGACUGAACUAUUAUCUAUUAAGGAAGAUUUACAGGAUUUCCGAAAGUCUAUCGACUUUAUCAGUACCGGCUACGAUGAAAUGAAGAUCACAGUUGAUAAGUUAAUCAAAGAUAAUUUAGUGCUGUAUAAUGAAAACGAUGCACUCAAAUCCACUGUGGCGGGACUCUCAGAGCGAUUAAACACAUUGGAACAACAUCUGCGCGAGGAAAACGUGGAGAUACAGGGCGUGCCUGAACAUCAAAAUGAGAGCCUACCUAAACUUUUAGAGCAAUGUUCACGUGUAGUGGGUUGCAGUUUUAAAGAAGAAGACGUCAUAAAAUGCACCAGAGUGGCUAAGUUGAAUAAGGAAAGCAAGCUUCCUCGUGCUAUUAUUGUUAAGUUUAGAAGUGUAAGAAAACGAGAUGAAUUUUAUUCAGCGGUAUACAGGUACAACAAGUCAAAUCCUAAUGACAAACUUAAUACCUCAUUACUAGGAAUAGGCGGAGAUAAGAAAUCUGUGUUCGUGUCAGAGCACCUCUCUCCAACUAACAAGAUAUUACACGCAGCGGCGCGUCAGAAGGCCAAAGAGCUAGGUUACAAGUUUGUUUGGGUUAAAAAUGGUCGUAUAUAUGUCAGGAAAAUGGAAGGCUCUCAUUAUAUUAUUAUUAAGAAUAGGGAAAGUCUUGGCCUCAUUUGUUAA